AUGGCAACCACCCUUUCCAUCUCCAAUCCACAUCCGCAGAAGCUUUCCGGACCCGAACUCCUCCACCAACUCGUACCCCAACAUGGGCGGGAUGGCGUAGUAGCCAYCGAGCAUACUGCCGAGGACGGCAGCACAGCAAGUCUCACUUACGAUGAAUUCCACUCACAGUCAUAUGCGUUGGCGAAACGCAUCAGAUCCGCCGUUUCCAAAUCAUCCUCCCGAACCGGACAUCUAAUCAUACCCGUCCUAAUACCGCAGUGUCCGCAUCUCUACAUCUCCCAGCUCGCCAUCCUCAAAGCUGGGGGUGCCUUUUGCCCCGUGGUUCUAGAUGUGCCAGAGGAGCGUCUUCGAUUCAUUUUGCAGGAUGUCAACGCCUGUGUUGUUCUCACCACCGCCGCUUUCAAGCCAAGAUUACCGGAUUUGGAAGGCGUGGAAAUCCUCGCGGUUGACGAUGAAAAUGAGGUCCUGGAUCAUGACGAUUCUGAGCUCGAUGUUUCCAUCACCGCUCAGCACGCUGCUUAUAUCAUGUAUACAAGCGGCAGUACGGGUCAACCAAAGGGAGUUGUGCUGUCCCACUCCGCAGCGACGCAAGCCUUGUUAGCGCACGAUUUGCAUAUACCAACAUUUUCCCGCUUCUUGCAAUUCGCCAGUCCUACAUUUGAURUAUCCGUGUUCGAGAUAUUCUUCCCAUGGCUGCGCGGGUGCACACUGGUGAGCUGCGACCGGAGACGGCUACUCAACGAUCUUCCGGCUGCGAUCAACGAUCUCAGAAUCGAUGCAUGCGAGCUUACACCAUCCGUCGCCAGCAGCCUGCUUCGCGGACGCGAAAGUGUCCCAUCUUUGAAGGUUCUGUUGACGAUUGGAGAGAUGCUGAAGCCAUCUGUUGUCGAAGCAUUUGGCGGGAGCGAAAGCGAAACCGCCAUUCUGCAUGGCAUGUAUGGGCCGACGGAAGCCACCAUCCACUGCACAUUACAAACCUACUUUCCCAAGGACAUGGCAUGCGGAUCCAUCGGCGAGCCUCUUGACACUGUAUCGGCAUUUGUGGUGAAAGCCCAGGAUCCCGACAGCCCGUCAUCUAUUGAUAUCUUGCCUUUGGGGGAUGAGGGGGAGCUUGCAGUUGGUGGGUACCAGCUCGCAGAUGGCUAUCUUAACAGAGAAGAACAGACCAAGGCUGCUUUUGUUCGACAUCCGGAGCAUGGUAUGCUAUAUCGAACCGGAGAUCGAGCGAAAAUGCUACCGAAUGGCAAGUUUGAAUGCCUUGGCCGCAUCUCUAGCGGUCAAGUGAAGUUACGUGGACAGCGCAUCGAACUUGGAGAAAUUGAACAUGCUGCGUCACGUACACCUGGAUGCCGAGAUGUCGUCGCUGAGGUCAUCUCUGGAAUCCUGGUUGUUUUUUGUGUGCGGGAAGAGAUCUCGGUGACAGAGGCAAAGGUUUUGGAGACAUGUCACAAGUGGCUUCCCGCAUUCAUGGUUCCGGGAGAUGUUGUGAUGCUGGAGUCUUUACCAUAUCUGGCGUCCGGGAAAUGUGAUCGUCGUGCGUUGCGAUCACAAUACGAGGAAUCGCAAGCUACUGGCGAAAGCCAUGAACAGGCCGUGGAUGAUCAGACUGUCCGCAUCAUCGCAAUACUUCGAAACGUUCUCGACGUCGAUGUUAAUUCUACUUCACUUCUGCCAGGUCUCGGACUCGAUUCACUGUCCUCCAUUCGAAUAGCUUCCACCUUUCGGCGAGAAGGCAUGCAUCAGCUAGAUGCGGGCAAGAUUCUCUCCUCCCGCACGCCAUUGGAUCUUGCGAAAGCUUUCAAGGCUGCUGAGAGUGCCACGUUGGCCUCUGAUUGGGAUAUCAAGGUCGAUGCUACAUAUCGGAAAUCUCUAAGCACCGAGCUCGCUCGGAUGCUUCCCAAGGAUCUUCUAUCAAAUGUUGAAUCCAGUUUUCCUUGCACGCCAGUGCAAGCUGCGAUGCUCGCAGAGACUGACAAGGRCCCCGAAGCAUACUGCAAUUGGAUCGAAUUCGAUGUCCCAGGUUGUGACGAUCCAGCGAUGUUGGAAACAGCGCUACAUGGGUUGUCCAAACUACACCCGAUGCUUCGUUCUGGCUUUGUGUCUCUAACGAGGACCAAAUGGAGCUAUGCGACGGUGACUUGGAACGGCAUGUUGCCUUCGCAGAUAAAACAAACUUCCACGUUUGACAAAGUAUUCCGCCUCGACGACGAAGCCUCCCUCCUCCGGCCAUGCGAGUUUCAGAUAAUGCAAGCAGGGAAAGGUUUGAAGCUGCUCAUACUCAUUCACCACGCCCUAUACGAUCAAUGGGCUAUCGACAUUCUCCGCACUGAUCUGGUCACCAUAAUGCGAGGCGCGGAACCCCGUCAGUCGGGCUCCUUUAAGCUCGUAGCGGAUUAUUACGUACACCAGAGUGAGGAGGACUUGGAGUCGUCGACGGCGACAGAAUUCUGGCAGGAUCAUCUGCGAGACGUCACACCAACUUCGCUACCAUUACUUCGCGGAUCCGAAGCAAAGCCCUGCCUUCAAAGAACAGCAUGGCGGGAGUACUCUUUACAAUCGAGCAUCGUCAAGACAAAGUCCAAAGAAUUGGGAUGUAGUGGCCCUGCUAUAUUUCAAGCGGCUAUGGCUUAUCUUCUUGCCAUCUACUCCGGUGCCAGCGAUGUAACGAUUGGCUCCGUGUUCUCUGGACGGACAAUUCCUGUGUCCGACGUCGACAACGUGUUUGGCCCGUGCCUUGCUACUCUACCAUUCCGCAUCGACCACAGUACCGUUGCCACUUGUCAAGACCUGGUUAUGGCUAUAACGCAGCGAAACCGUGCUAUGCAGGAUCACGCCAUGACAUCUCCUAMCGUCAUCAGGCAGAGCGCCGGUAUCGCGCCAGGAGUUGCCCUAUUUGACAGCCUCUUCGUGUGGCAAGAGACUACACUGAGUUUCGAGUCAUCGCCAGACACCAUCAGCAUAGUCGAUUCGGCAGAUCGUCUGGAGUUCAACCUGGUGUUGGAGUUUGAGCCCUUAUCCACCGCCAUUCAGGCCCGAGCCACUUAUCAACAGAGUGUGAUCGGCUGUGAUCAGGUACAGACUCUGCUGUCCCAGAUCGAGACAAUCGCGACGCAUAUCAUGGAAUAUCCAGAAAGCUUGGUCGAAGACCUCGGAGCAUGUCUACCCUCUGGACUACUUUCCAUAUCGAAUCCAUCGCCAGUGUCUUACGCCAAGACUUUUGAGUUGACGGACCUGAUUGCGCAGCGUGCCAUUGAUAGCCCAUCCGCCACAGCAAUACUCUUCGCAAGCAGUCUAGAAGGCGAUCAACCAGUCAUGCAAUUUAUAACCUACUCAGAGCUAGACUCUCGAGCCAAUCAACUAGCUCACAAAUUCAUAGCAUCUGGACUGCAAGUAGAAGGUCUUGUUUGCAUAUGCAUGGAGAAAUGCAUCGAUCUUUACGUUGCAAUGCUUGCAAGUUUCAAAGCAGGGGCAGGCUACCUUCCCCUGGUCCCGGAAACUCCAACAGCGCGGAUCAAGUCAGUACUUGCGCAGGUCGAUGUCGGACUUUGUGUCUGUGAUGCAAACACCGUCCAGACGCUCCAGGGGCUCACGGCUGCCGCCACUCUCGAUAUUUCCAGCUUGGACAUCGCCGACACUCCUUCUAGCCCGCCUCAGAUCGACCAAAUUGGCUCACGAAUCUCCUACGCAGUCUUCACCAGUGGCAGUACCGGUGAGCCAAAGGGAGUGGCAGUGACCAUGGACAAUCUGAAGGGCAACCUUGCUGUUCUCGGUGAGCUUUACCAGGUCCGUCCAGGAGACCGACUUCUCCAAGCGUGCUCGCAAGCGUUCGACGUGAGUGUGUUUGAGAUCUUCUUCGCCUUCUACAGUGGCAUGUGUCUCUGCUCUGCCACCAAGGAUGUCAUCUUCCGCGAUUUCGAACACAGCAUUCGCAGUAUGGGCGCAACUCAUCUGUCUUUAACGCCAACUGUGGCCGCGCUGGUGAAUCCCGAGAAUGUGCCCACCGUCAAAUUCCUGGUCACCGCAGGCGAAGGAAUCACAGAGCGGGUGCAUCGACGAUGGGCUGGCCACGGUUUGCACCAGGGAUACGGACCGUCUGAAACCACGAAUAUCUGCUCGGUGAGAAUGAAUAUUGCCCCUACUGACGUCCUUGGAAACAUCGGCCCGCCAUUCAAGAACACCUCUGCAUUCGUUCUGUCACCUGAAGGCGAGUUCCGUGUGCUUCCUGCUGGAGCAUAUGGUGAGUACGCGUUUGGUGGCGAGCAAGUUUUUCGUGGAUACAUUGGAAGAGAAGAUCUGAACAGCGUCAAGAUCAUCAACCAUCCGGAAUAUGGCCGCGUUUAUCGCAGUGGUGAUAUGGGACGAAUACUUCCGGACGGUACCCUAUUGAUCGCAGGGCGACUUGACGAUCAGGUCAAGAUCCGCGGGAAUCGUGUAGAGCUUGGAGAGAUCAAUGCCGUGAUCUCAGAUCACCCAGGUGUGGCCGACUGUACGACACUGGUGUUUGGCGAGAGAAGCUCUCAACAGACUCUUGCCUCCUUCUGGGUACCUGCUUCGUCAUCUCAAGCAAGCGAUGAUGCGUUAUCGGUGGACAAGUCAGGUUCCAAACUUGUUUCGAAGAUAUUCGACCGUCUGGAAGACGCCCUCCCAGCGUACAUGAUACCGUCAAUACUGGUGCCCCUGAACCGCCUACCGAUGACCACUCAAGGCAAGCUCGACAAACGGCUUCUACGCAGCACAUUUGAAGCACUUGACAGUAAAGUAAAGGAUCAGGUUUCUCGCUCUCAUGACGUCUCCAACAUGGACGGUCCUGCCUCUCCGAUGGAACAAACGAUGGCAAACACGCUUGCAGAGAUGCUUCAAAUGCCAGUAUCGAGCAUCUCUCGCAAUUCUUCAUUCUUUGCACUCGGUCUUAACUCCCUCAACGCUAUUCAAUUUGCACGAUCUCUCGAGCAGGAAAUGAAGACGCAUCUCAGCGUCACUGCGAUCCUUCGCCACUCAAGCAUUGCGAAACUAAGUCGCGCAUUGGGUCAGAGCUCAGAACACGAUGCUGCUGAUGAUCAUAUCAAUGUCCGCGAAGUGCUUCUUGGAGACUUUACAGAAGACAUUCGAUCCUCUUUCGCAGGACAGGGCUACUCUGUCGAUGCGAUUCUACCUUGCACGCCUCUCCAGCAAGCAAUGUUGUCGGCGAGUGGCACGAGUGCAUAUUGCAAUACCACUAAGCUCAGUGUUUCCGGUGACAUGCAGAAGCUUCAGAAUUGCUGGUACGAGAUGAUGAGAAGGCAUACGAUUCUGCGGACCUCUUUCGUCGAAACACCAUUGGCCGCUCAUCCUUUUGCUCAGGUUGUGCUGCAGGAUCCGCCACUUCCAUGGUAUCAAUCUGCGAGCCCAUCAUUGGAGAAUGGUCACUCAAAUGGUCACGUCAAUGGUCACUCCAACGGGCAUGUUAACGGUCAUGCAAAUGGCCAUGCAAAUGGUCAUACAAAUGGUCAUAGCAACGGUCAUACAAAUGGUCAUGCCAAUGGUCAUGCAAAUGGUCAUGCCAAUGGUCAUGCAAAUGGUCAUGCCAAUGGUUAUGCAAACGGUCAUGCGAGCAAAUCCACGAAUGGAACAUCCAAUACUUACGACGAUGAUCGAUCCACGGGACGCUCCAAGGUCACCGCAGAAUCACCUAUUCGAAUUGAAGAGCUUGGUUCCGACAUCUAUCUCCACAUGCAUCACGCCGUGUAUGACGGGAUAUCGGUAUCCAACCUUUUCUCGGAAAUCCACAGGAUGUAUAAUGGAGAAACACUGCCCGACCCAGCAUCCUUUGAGCCAUUCCUGGAGAAGGUUGUGGAGCAAAACGGAAAGGCAGCCAUCGACUUCUGGUCCGCUCAGAUGCAGGACUUCCAUCCUCACCCGUUCCCUGUCUCUGAAGAAAUGAGCAAUUUCGAGGAGAAGGUGCUCACCACGUUUCUUCCUCUACAACCUUCCGAACUCCAGACGUUCAGCGAGCGACACUCUUGCACCGGUCUUAUCGUCCUUCAGGCUGCAUGGGUAAAAGCUUUGGCGUGCGCCCAAUCAAUCACAGAUGUCUGCUUUGGAAAUGUUGUCAGUGGCCGAUCAGUAUCGGUCCCUGAUGUUGAUCAACUCGUUGCGCCUUGCUUCAACACCAUUCCACUUCGCACGAAUCUCGACAAGGCUCAGUCAAACUUGGAUCUCAUUCGCGACCUGCAAAGCAACAAUGUUGACACUCUAUCUUUCCAGCUCACGGCUCCUCGUAAGAUCCAGACUUUGACCAAGGACCCCUCUCGCCAUCUAUUUGAUUCUGUGCUUCUUGUUCAGCCUCCUCAGACUGAAGCCGAUAUUUGGACCGUUGCGGAGGAGAGCAUGGACAUGGGCAUUCCAAUCGUUCUGGAGAUCACACCUGAUGGGAACGCUUUCGAACUUCAAGUCCACUACCUGACCAACAAAGUUCCCGAAGGUCUUGUUCCCAUUCUCGCAAAGGCUUUCGAAUCGAGCUUGGCUUCGUGUCUUCGAUAUCCUUCGAGCCCUGUCAGUCACUUCAUGGAUUUUGAUUCGUCUAGCAUUGCCGGUAAACUUGCUCCGCUCUUGUCGACACUGCCCAACGAGGGCGAUGUACCGAGCAACGGCCCUGAAAGCGAGUGGACUUCAGAGGAGAGUAUGGUUCGUCAGAUCUUCUCCGAUCUUUCGGGAGUUACCCUCACGCGCAUCUCGAAACAAACUUCGCUCUAUCAAAUUGGCCUGGAUAGUCUCAACGCGGUGCAAGUCGCUUCAAGCCUGCGUAAGCGCAGUGUGAAGCUGGACGCCGCAGAUGUCCUACAAUAUCAGAAUCCUGGAGCACUUGCUGAGUUCAUCGUUUCCAAACAGAAUGGGUCGUCUCCGACGAGCGCUCCAAUUGUUGAUCUCGCAGAAUUCGAUCGCAAGUACCGCCAUAUCCUUGAAUCACUCGACAUCAGUACUGAGAAGCUGGACGCACUUCGCCCGUGCACCCCUGCUCAAAGUGGCAUGCUCGCGCAAUUUAUCCAAUCACAGGGAGACUUCUACCUCAACCACAGUAAAUACGAAGUACCGGACGAGCACAGUUUCGAACAGAUCCAGGCUGCGUGGGUGGCUACGCAGGAAAAGCACGAAGUGCUACGAAUGGGCUUUGUCCAAUUGGAAGAUGCGGUGAAUCCUUUUGCUAUGCUCGUCUACAAGCCCGACGCCUCCCUGAAUGGCAUUCUCUCUACUGUCGAUCACUCCACUUUCGAACACGAUGCCAGUCAAAGCAUUCUGUCUGCGCUUCACUUACCCGCUUGGAGGAUUGCCUUGGCCGAGUCAGACGACAAACGGUUCAUGUGUCUGUCACUGCACCACUCCUUAUACGAUGCAGAUUCACUUCGCAUUCUCCAGACUGAUUUUGUCCGGGCACUCCGGGGCUGUGAUCUUGGCUCUCCACCCAGCAUUGAUCCAGUGCUCACUACUCAGCUAGAAGGUUUCAAUCAGUUGAAGGAAGAGCGCGAGAAGUUCUGGACGAAGGCAUUGCAAUCUGCAAGGCUUAUCAAGUUCCCAAACUUGACUCCCACUAAUGUUGCUCAUGGAGUCGCGCAUUCAAUCCAGGCAUCCUCUCGGGUAGAUGUAGACGCACUGAACACUUUCUGCAUGCGUGAGGGUGUUACUAUUCAGGCGGUCGGCCAAAGUGUCUGGGCCACGCUUCUCUCGGCCUAUCUUGGCGAACCAGAUGUGACUUUCGGGACCGUUUUCUCUGGAUUCGCGGCCAACAUCACCAAUCCCGUCGCCUUUCCCACGAUCUCAACGGUGCCAGUCUACUGCAACACAAGCAAGCCAGUUGGAGAUGUUCUCAAGGACAUGGUAUCCUACAAUGCGUCYGCACAACGCUACCGCUUCACUCCGCUGGCAGACAUUCAGCGGUGUGCUGGGUCGGCGGGACACGCUUUGUUCGACACUAUAUUCGUGUACCAGAAAUCGGACGGAGAGACCGAAGACAAAUUUGACUGGCAUUCUAUCAGCGACUCUCUCGGCAUUGACUACACAGUAUCCAUGGAAAUGGAAGUGCCAAACCCUGGCAAGGUCUACCUCCGAUUGACUUACGACACAAGCGCCGUUCCUGAUGCUCACGCAUCGUUGAUUGUCAAGCAGUUUGAUAUGCUCUUGAAACAGAUGUUGAAUCCGAAAGCUGAGCAGGAACACACAAACACCAAGCUAAUGUCUAUUGUACCACCCAAAGAACGGACACUCCCUUGCACUGUGGAUCUGUUGCACCAGUUUCUGGAGCGAGGAGCUGCGGAGCAUCCUCACAAGCCUGCCCUUGAGUUUAUUCAUACAUUUGAAGGAGGCGAAAAAGGUCGCAAGAAAUGGACCUACGAAGAGCUAGAUCAUCGCAGCAAUCAAGUUKCUCAUCUCAUUCAGCAGCACGGCGUGAAACCUGGUGGAGUUGUCGMAGUUUGCAGGAGCAAAUCGGCAGAAGCUACGUUCGCAUUCGCUGGAAUUCUGAAAGCCGGAUGUGCGUUCCUCGCCAUGGAUCCUGAUCUACCGCUUGCUCGACGCAAGUUCAUCAUCGAAGACUCGCAAAGUGGGCUGCUUUUCGUUGACAGUGGGAAGAGUGACCCUGAAAUGCAGAGCGUUGUGCAGAACGUUGAKCUCGUCGAGGCCAUGUUGACCGACCUUCCAACAUCAGCCGUCUCAAUCCCGGCAAUUGAUCCCGGCUCAACCAGCUACAUUCUAUACACAAGUGGCACCACGGGAACUCCCAAGGGCUGUGAGCUCACCCAUGAGAAUGCUGUCCAAGCUAUGAUGUCGUUUCAAAGACUCUUUGCGGGGCACUGGACCGAAUCGUCCCGUUGGUUACAAUUCGCCAGUUACUGGUUCGAUGUAUCAGUACUUGAGCAAUUCUGGAGCUGGAGCGUUGGUAUUACUGUCGUUGGAGCACCGCGAGAUCUUGUACUCGAAGACCUCGCUGGUUUCAUUCAAGAGGCCAACAUCACACACAUCGACCUGACGCCAUCUCUCGCUCGUUUGCUGAAACCUGAAGAUGUCCGUAGCCUUUGGAAUCACGUCUUCAUCACCGGAGGGGAGUCUCUUAAGCAGGAAAUCAUCGAUCUCUGGGGCCCGCUGAACACAAUCUACAAUGGAUAUGGCCCAACUGAAGCGACGAUUGGUGUUACCAUGAAUCCGCAUAUUGGCGCAGACGCAAWGCCAUCAAAUAUCGGUCCUCCGUUCGACAAUGUCGGUGCAUUUGUCUUUACGCCAGACACAGAUGAGCUUGUUAUGCGUGGAGCAGUUGGCGAACUUUGUGUUUCGGGAAAGCUCGUUGGAAAAGGCUACCUCAAUCGCCCCGACCUGACUGCAAAGAUGUUCCCUUAUCUGGAGCGCCACAACGAGCGCGUUUACCGCACAGGUGAUCUUGUGCGUCUCCUCGCCGAUGGUUCCAUAUCUUUCAUCGGCCGCAAGGACACGCAGGCCAAGCUUCGAGGUCAACGACUUGAGAUCGACGAAAUCGACGCUGUGAUCAAGUCUGCCACUGAAGACAUUGCAGACGUCGCCUCCUUAGUCGUCAAAUCUGCGGAUGGGAAUAGGGAAAGCCUUGCUUCCUUCAUUGUAGACCGCGCAGCUUUCAGUCGCGAUUUGCAAAUUGCAGAUUCAAGUCAAAGCCGUCAGUUAGUAUCAAUGGCGAACAAAGCCUGCCGAGAUCGCUUACCUGGAUACAUGGUUCCCUCACAUAUCAUUCCAGUCACGCGCUUACCACUGACGGUCAACAACAAGGUCGAUACCAAGAAGUUGAUUUCUUUGUUCGAGUCUCUGAAGAGUCAGGAUCUCCAAACGCUCAAAGGACAGACGACAGAAGACCGAGCUAUGCUACCAGCGGAGCAGAAGAUCGCAGAGACUCUUGCCAAGCUACUCUCAGUGGACAGCGUGGAAAUCAACCCAGGCUCCAAUAUCUUCUCGCUUGGACUCUCUUCCGUGUCGGCCAUCAACUUCACGACCAUGCUGAAACGAAACGGCUUUGGUGGUGCUGGUGUGGCCACUGUCAUGAACAACCCGACAAUUAGCAAACUAGCGGAGGCUCUCUCAGAUGACAAGGACGACGACCAGAGCGAGAAGAACGCUUUCAGACAAGCACAGCUUACAAUCUCGGCCUUCUCGCAGAGGUACCGCAGCGCGAUUAGCCGAUCCUUAUCUGUCGACGUCUCCGAGAUCGAGGUGUUGGCGCCUUGUACACCUUUGCAGGAGGGAUUGUUGAUCGAGUCGCUGAAAACCGUCGAGCGGCCAUAUUUCAACAACUUCUGGUACGAGAUCGAACAUUGCGAGCUUGAUCGACUCGAGACAGCCAUCAGGCAACUCCAUCGCAGCAUUCCAAUGUUACGAACAUCUUUCCUCCGCACGGAUGAGGGAUUCUGUCAAGUCGUGCUCCGCGGUUCGGAGUGCCCCUUUCAAUCACUGGUCAUUCAAGACGACGAAGUGGAGGCUUUUGCUCAACAACGAAAGACAGAAUGGGCUUCAAGAGCAGAUCAAGAGGUUGCCGAGCCAUUCGAGAUCCUGAUUGUUCGGGCUCAAAGGAGAACUGUACUGAUCAUGCAUGCGCACCAUGCUCUCUACGAUGGAAUCUCCUGGGAUCUGACCAUGGAGAAGCUGCAGAAACUCUAUCAAUCUGGAGGAGAUAUUCAAACCGGCCCUAGAUUCAUCGAUGUUCUGCCGUAUGGUCCUCUGUGUCGGCAUCCCGACAGCAAAUCCUUCUGGCAACAUCGACUCGGGAGCGCACAUUUCAAUCCGCUCAAAGUCGACUCUGAUCAGACAGCUAAUUCCAAUCCACAAAUCCGCAUCCAACUGGGCAAUUCUAACGGACAGGAAGACGUUCGGAGGCAACUUGGCGUAUCUCAUCAAGCUCUUUUGCAAGCUGCUUUCGCUGUAGCGUUGCACCAAGCUGCUCCAGACACCCAAAGCUACGGAGUUGUUCUUUCGGGCAGGGCUAUAUCCUUCGACCACGCGGAUGCGGUAAUUGGACCAAUGUUCAACACUGUACCAAGUCUUGUGGACAUUCAGGCAUCGGAAUCCUGGUCGCAAUAUCUCAAGCGCUGCCAACAGUCGAAUGCCAGUGUUUUGCCAUUCCAACACACUUCGCUCAGAGACAUCAGGAAAUUCUGCAGUCGGCCCCCAUCAGACCCCUUAUUUGAUGUCUUGUUCGUAUUUCAACGGCCGGAAUCUUCCGCCAACGACAACACAUCGCAAGAACUGUUCAAGCCAGUUGAUACACACCUACCAGCCGAGUAUCCGUUGGCGUUUGAGGCCGAGCUCGCACCUUCGGGCAGCAUCUCCGUCACAAUCGCAUCUCAACCACGGGCUGCCAGCGCCAAAUUCCUGCAGACCCUCGGUGACAAUUUCCAAGCGGCGAUUAAGUGCAUUAUCAAGGAUGCAAACCGCCGGAUCUCUAUGGAUUUCACGGUCCAAGAAAGAUUGACAAACGGUGUUGAUCAUAUGAAUGGGGUGAACGAGCCGACACAACAUCCCGAGACAACUGGAGAGUUCACAUGGUCUACCGAAUCGACAGUCAUACGUGAUAGUAUCGCGCAAGUGCUUGGRUGCGAUACAUCCACAGUCACAGAAAACUCGGCCAUCUUCACGCUUGGCAUAGACAGUAUCGAUGCUGUCAAGCUCUCUUCGCGAUUAAAGCGGGCUGGUGUACCAAUCCCAGUCAGCAAAAUCCUCCAGGCACAAACGAUUUCCAAGAUGAUGGAGUAUGUCGGAAGUCGAGAGUCCGAUGUUGCAGCAGUCAACGAGCAUAGCAGACUGCCAGCUCUCGAGAAUCAAUUGCAAUAUAUGCGAGGCAAUUUCGGCGACUCAGUCGAGCGCAUACUACCCGCCGCUCCUGGACAAGAAGCUCUGAUAGCGGACAUGCUUCGGUCCGAUUUCCACGAUUACUACAACGCCGAUAUUCUCAAGCUACGCAAAGACAUCGACCUUGCCCAACUCAAGGCCGCUUGGCAGGCUGUUGUAGAUGCCACGCCCAUUCUGCGCACGUCCUUCGCUCAAGUCGAGGAUCCUGAGAUUGACGCAAUCUUCGCACAGGUCGUUCAUCGACCGGAGCCUCUCAAGUUUGCCGACCUCACAGCGCAAUCUGUGGACGGUCUGUCUGAGUACCUGGAGGAGGUCCGCCGGGAUGUCUCCUCCUCUUUCAUGACGAAACCUCCACUUCGCCUUGCCAUUGCUACCGUAUCGAGUGAGACUUAUCUGGUCCUAUCGCUAUCACAUGCUCAGUACGACGGUCACAGUCUCGGCCUGUUGCAUCAAGAUGUCGCCAAAGCGUACGAGAACGCACUGGAGCCUCGACCAACGUACGACGCCGCUAUUGAUCUUGCCUUGAACGCAACAAGUUCCGAGGCCCUGACAUUCUGGAAAAGUAAUCUCACUGGCGCCAAAAUCUCCCGUUUCGGUAACAGCCAAAGCACUCCAAGUUCUACGACACAUCGUGGCGAGCGUGUCUCCUCAAUCACGGCUUCGAAUGCGCGCUCUUUCUGCCAAAGGCUCGGUGUUUCCACCCAGGCACUUGCUCAGGCCUCGUGGGCGAUUCUACUCUCACAUUACGUGCAGGAGCUUGAAGUCAUGUUCGGCGUGGUUCUUGCUUGCCGAUACAGCGAGGAUGCCGAAAAGGUCAUGUUCCCGACCAUGAAUACGGUUCCAGUGAGAGUUGCAUUGCAUGGCACGGGUGAGUCGAUGCUACGAUAUCUCCAGAGCACUAUCAACGACAUGCGUCAAUACCAAAGCACGCCUCUUCGCGCGGUACAGGCGGCUUGUGCCAGUGUGGUACAGCCUUCAGGCAACAGCUCCGACAACUCCUUCUUCGACACGCUCUUCAUUUAUCAGCAAACUGGAAAUCCCGACACUCCAAGCAAGGCCCCAAUGUAUGAGUCUGUCGAUGCCAGCUCAAAUGUGGAGUAUCCGGUCGCUGUAGAGGUGGAGGUUGUUGGAGAUCAACUCAUCAUCCGCGCAGCUUGCAAGAGUCAUGUACUGGACGCACGAGGGACGGAAGAACUUCUUAAGCGCUUCGAUUUCGUUUUGGACUGCCUUGUUAGCUCGCCCGAGGAGCCCACCGCAGAGUUUUCGCAAGACCAAGUCUCAGUCUGCGGUCUACCAUCUUUCAGAGUGAAGGCCGAUGCACCGGCGUCUUCGCAGAUGGAAUCUGUUCAGCAGAGCAGUGGGGAAGAAACCGAUAGCCCACUCACUGACAGCAUUCGCCAAGCCAUGGCCCAAGUGGCGAGGAUGCCGGUGGAUGAGAUCUCGCCCAAUGCUACGAUCGAAAGUCUUGGAAUUGACUCGAUCUCUGCCAUCAAAGUCACAGCUCUGCUCCGCAAACAGUCCAUCAAGAUUUCCGUCAGUGAGCUUCUCAAGGCACAGACUUCCAGACGCAUGGCCGAGGUUGUGAGAUCGACCAUAGGCGCAUCCGAGACGAAUGGCAAGCCCGCAUCGGAGAUCAUUUCCGAAUCUCUCCAACACAUCGACCUGCCCCAGAUCCUGGCUUCAGCUGGAAUUGAUCCAGAUAAUGUGGAUCGUGUACUGCCUGCAGCAGCGGGGCAGACCUACAUGCUUGCCAUGUGGCAGAAGAGUGGCGGGGAACUCUUCUACCCGACCUUCAAGUAUCACAUCGAGACUGAUGUGAAGAUGGAUCAAAUCCACGCAGCGUGGAAAGAAGUAGUGGCUCGGAACUCGAUCUUGAGGACGAUAUUCUGCGCAUCACAUCAAGCCGAGGAUCCGCUCCUCCAAGUCGUUCUCAAGACCGCGCCAGAGAGUUUCUUCGAGGAAGAUACACCUCAUCUGGAUGACACCUUCCAACCUAUGGUGCAGCUGGUAGUCAGCAAAGCCAACGGAGGCUACGACAUCAAGUUACGAAUCCAGCAUGCGCUCUACGACGCCGUAUCAAUUCCACACCUAAUCAACGAAUUCCAGUCCACGAUCAACAACGAGAAACUUCCAACUCCGGCCCUCACCUUCGAAGACUACCUAGCACUAGCUCUCCCGCCCAAAACACAGCAAUCCCGAAAAGCCUUCUGGGAACAAUACCUACAAGACGCCCAACCAAUGCAACUCCCCCAAUCCACCACAGAACCCACCCGAAAAAUCCAAAUCUUCAACCCCACACUCUUCACCAACUGCACCGCCCUCCAAAACCUUGCGAAAUCAGCCCAAGUAACAAUCCAAUCCCUCCUCUUCGCAACUUACGCAAAAAUCUACGCUGCCUCCGCCUCACAAACCGCCGACAACGAAGAUGAUGAUUCCAGAGAUGUGAUUCUAGGAAUCUACAUCGCCAACCGCUCCCACCUCCCAGACCUCAAUCACCUCUCAGCACCAACGCUCAAUCUCCUCCCUCUACGAAUCUCCUCUCCCAAAACCUCCAAUCUCUUGGAUUCAGCGAGAAAGAUUGAUCRGGAUCUUCGCAGAAUUGGUUCCGUGGAGAAUUCUGGGGCUUCUCUGAAAGAGAUUCUGGAGUGGACGGGCGUGAAGGUGGAUUCUUUUGUGAAUUUUUUGAAAUUACCUGGGGGAGAUGAUGAUGAUGAUGUGGAAGACGUGCGGAGUGGGGUUGGGAAAGCGAGGAUUUUGGAGACGAGUGAUGAGUGGAAAGAUUCGAGGAGUGAAGUUUUGUCGCAUACUACUACGGACGGGUUUGUUAUGCCUAAGGGUUUGGAGAAGUUUGAAGCGGGGGCGGCGUAUCAGCAUGCUGUGGACGUAGAACUUUCCAUGCUUGGAGAGAAAUUAAGUCUGGGGUUCUUUUGCUUGGAGCAAUUCUUCGAUCUUGGUCGAUCGGAGGCUUUGAUUGCUGAGUUUAGGAAAGAGUUGGAGGAGCUUGCUAGUGCAAGGGAAUAA